GACGGAGCGGGCGGAAGUCGCGUCACGCGUCGGCGUCGGCGGGGCGGGCGCCCUGGCGGCGCGGCGGGGCCAUGGCGCUGUCGCCCUACGUGCUGGCCAUGCAGGAGCUCUUCCGCGCCAACACGCGCAGCCGCGAGUUCCCGGCGCACGGCGCCAAGGUGCACUCGGUGGCCUGGAGCUGCUGCGGCCGCCGCCUCGCCUCCGGCUCCUUCGACAAGACCGCCAGCGUCUUCGUGCUCGAGAAGGACCGGCUGGUGAAGGAGAACAACUAUCGCGGCCACGGGGACAGCGUGGAUCAGCUCUGCUGGCACCCCAGCAACCCCGACCUCUUCGUCACGGCCUCCGGCGACAAAACCAUCCGCAUCUGGGACGUCCGCACCACCAAGUGCAUCGCCACCGUCAACACCAAAGGGGAGAACAUAAACAUCUGCUGGAGCCCCGACGGCCAGACCAUUGCAGUAGGGAACAAGGAUGACGUUGUCACUUUCAUCGAUGCCAAGACGCAUCGUUCCAAAGCUGAGGAGCAGUUCAAGUUUGAGGUGAACGAGAUCUCCUGGAACAAUGAUAACAACAUGUUCUUCCUCACGAACGGGAAUGGCUGCAUCAAUAUCCUCAGCUACCCAGAGCUGAAGCCCAUUCAGUCCAUCAACGCCCAUCCUUCAAACUGCAUCUGCAUCAAGUUUGAUCCUAUGGGGAAGUACUUUGCUACGGGCAGUGCUGAUGCUCUAGUCAGCCUCUGGGAUGUGGAUGAGUUGGUGUGUGUGAGGUGCUUCUCGAGGCUUGACUGGCCCGUGCGAACGCUGAGCUUUAGCCAUGAUGGGAAGAUGUUGGCGUCAGCAUCGGAAGAUCACUUCAUUGACAUUGCGGAAGUGGAGACAGGAGAGAAGCUUUGGGAGGUGCAGUGCGAGUCUCCCACCUUCACAGUGGCCUGGCACCCGAAGAGGCCUCUGCUCGCCUUCGCCUGUGAUGACAAAGACGGCAAAUACGACAGCAGCCGGGAGGCAGGCACCGUCAAGCUCUUCGGGCUGCCCAAUGACUCCUAAGGGAACUGUGACGGGCAGUGGGUUAGACCACCAGGAGAGGCAACACUUCCCUGCUGUCGGGGAUGGGAGAAUGCUUGGUUAACGUAGGAUGGGGGAAGAAGACCAGUCCCGUCCUUACCUGCUUGGUAGUGUGGUGGUCCUUGGCUCAGCUCUGCGCAUCCUGCUCUUGGGAGCAUUUGUAAAAAGCAGCCUGCGUGCUGGUGGGGACGGUGGGGGAUGCUGGCAGAGCCCCCUGCCGGUCUCAGGGCAGUCUCCUG